AGGGACUCUACUGUCUUGGUGUGGGUGCACGUCGGCCACCCAGGGGCUACUUUGCCGUCUGCAAACCUGGCCCGGGGUCCUGAUUCGUGAGCGAGGUGCCGGGGCAGGGUGUAGGGGUGAGGUCUAUGCGUUCCUCGCUGUCACGCGUGGAUCUUGCUGAGUCAAGUGUGAGCGAUUCCACUUGCUCUCCAGCAGUCUGAGAGGACAGGCCUCGGUGCUGGGGGAGGCGGUCCUGCAAGGUGAAAGUUGAAGCAAGUUGUUGAGUGUCAUUUUCAGGAGCUGGUUUGCUUCAGGAAGGUGGAGCUCUGAGUUGAAUUGCAAGGAAUCUCAGAGUGGACGUGGUGUGCUAAGAGUGAAGGCAUUCUCUGUAAAUCUGAUGGGUCUGCACGGGAGCAGCUCAUUCCCCUGCCAGAAGGACCAGGCGCGGGGCUGCGUGUGGUCAGCGUGGCACCUGUGCGCAGGAGGGCAGAGCUGAGGCGUAGACCCCCAAGUGAACUCGCCCCAUCCUCACAUAACGGUCUCUUUGGGCAGCUGAAGAGUAUCAGGGCGACUUUACUAAACAUGGAAGUUGUCUUAAGUCUUGUCCAGUCCAGCCAGGGGCAGUGAUGUCAUUGCCACGUGUUUCCCACAGAGGCACAGAAGCCUGCAAGGAGGCUGGGGCCAGUAAGAGCCAUGUUUAGACAAGAGCGAGCAGCUAACCUGGCCAGCCGUGCACAGCCGCACUGACUUGUUGCUCUUUCAGCCUUCUCUAGAGGCUGUGGGUUCCUUCCAGCUGCCUGCGUGCCAGCUCUGAGUGGGGAGUCCGAGGCUUUUUUGAGGAUGGAGGAAGCUUAUGGGCAGUGGGUGAUGUUAACGGACCCCACGAUGACUCUGAAUAAUGUCACCAUGCGCCAGGGCACUGUGGGCAUGCAGCCACAGCAGCAGCGCUGGAGCGUCCCAGCCGAUGGCAGGCACCUGAUGGUCCAGAAAGAGCCUCACCCGUACAACUACCACAACCGCCCCUCAGCCCCUGAUGACCACUGCCGGCAGAGCUGGUCCUCGGACUCCACAGACUCCGUCAUCUCCUCCGAGUCGGGGAACACCUACUAUCGAGUGGUGCUCAUAGGGGAGCAGGGGGUGGGCAAGUCCACCCUGGCCAACAUCUUUGCAGGUGUGCAUGACAGCAUGGACAGCGACUGUGAGGUGCUGGGAGAAGAUACAUAUGAGCGCACCCUAAUUGUUGAUGGGGAGAGUGCGACAAUCAUCCUCUUGGACAUGUGGGAAAAUAAGGGGGAGAAUGAGUGGCUCCAGGAGCACUGCAUGCAGGUUGGGGACGCCUACCUGAUUGUCUACUCCAUCACUGACCGGGCGAGCUUUGAGAAGGCAUCAGAGCUCCGGAUCCAGCUCCGCAGGGCUCGGCAGACAGAGGACAUUCCUAUAAUUCUGGUUGGCAACAAAAGUGACCUGGUGCGCUGCCGCGAAGUGUCUGUAUCAGAAGGGAGAGCGUGUGCUGUGGUGUUCGACUGCAAGUUCAUCGAGACCUCCGCGGCCGUGCAGCACAACGUGAAGGAGCUCUUUGAGGGCAUCGUGCGGCAGGUCCGCCUCCGCCGGGACAGCAAGGAGAAGAACGAGCGGCGACUGGCCUACCAGAAACGGAGGGAGAGCAUCCCCAGGAAAGCCAGGCGCUUCUGGGGCAAGAUCGUGGCCAGAAACAACAAGAACAUGGCCUUCAAGCUCAAGUCCAAAUCUUGCCACGACCUCUCUGUGCUGUAGGCACCCAGUACUACCCAGAUGUCCUCUGUUGGACAUCAUCGAAGGCCACUGGGACCAGUAAUCUAUAUUAGAUUGGAUACCUAAGCAUUGGUAGAUGUAGCAUCCCCCGUUGCAGCCGAGAACUAACAUGUUAGCCUUGUGGGCAACAAAAUGCAUGGGAAAUGAAAGAUGUUUGCACAGUCAGUAUUUAUUUAUAGGAAAAGCUGAUCUUGCUACUUGUACAGUCAAGGCUCAUUACCGGGCAUAUUUGAUGUUAGCAAGAGUUUUCUCUCUCUUUGGAUAGUAGGGAAUUGGAGCUUAGGAAAGAAUGCCUAGAAGAGGAAUUUCAUCAGUGACAUUUUACCCAGGGCUCUUAUGUGACUUUGAGGCCAUUGGGUCAUAUGGACAUGGGAAGCUGUCACAGGGCUUCCUCAGAAGGAGAGCUUUCUGCGUCCCUUGUCUCCCGGACCUGUCACUGCAGGACUUGGCUCAUCGUGGUCACGACUAUUACUGCUCCAUCAAACUGUGAAAAAGAAAAGAUGGACCGUGCUGGAAACUAAAGCUUAGCUCAUAAUUUUUGUUCAGCCCCCACAGGGAUUUAUAGGAUGGGGAACUGCUCUAUGUACCCCUUCCAUGUUGAAAAACUGCAUCUUUACUUAUGUGUCUAAUACUUCUUUAUUUGGGGAAUAUUAUUUUCAUCAAAUUCUACUUAGUCAAGCCACCUUUUCUGUUUUGUUAUUUUUGAAAUCAUGGAGCCAUUGUAAAAAUAUUUUAAAAGUCUGAAUUAUUCAUAACCUGAAUUGCAAAAUGCCAAAUUUUUAAGAUCUGAAUUUUUAUAAAAUAUAACACAAAAACUUCCA